ACAGGUUUCAUCUUUGCCACCAUGUCUCGCCUGUCUCGUCUGAAGGCUUCGGCAUUGCUAUUGGCUUUGUUCCUGCCCUCACCGCUGGCAACAGUAGAUGGCAACAUGGGUCCACCUGGGACUGGGGCGGCCUCUCCGGAUGGUGGCAACCAUACAAAAAAGUGCCUGGAGGCCACCGAGUGCCAGGAAGGGGUGAUCUUGCCAGUGUGGCUCCCCCAGAACCCUUCCGUGGGUGAUAAAGUAGCAAGAGCCAUUGUCUACUUUGUGGCACUGAUCUAUAUGUUCCUGGGUAUGUCCAUUAUUGCUGACCGCUUCAUGGCCUCUAUUGAAGUCAUCACCUCCCAGGAAAAGGAAAUCACCAUCAAAAAGCCCAACGGGGAGACAACCACAACCACCAUCCGCAUCUGGAACGAGACUGUCUCCAACUUGACCCUGAUGGCUUUGGGUUCUUCUGCACCUGAGAUCCUUCUUUCCAUCAUUGAAAUUGUGGGCCACGGCUUCCACGCUGGAGAUAUGGGGCCCAGCACCAUCGUCGGAAGCGCUGCCUUCAACAUGUUCAUCAUU